AAAACUAGCUAGGGUAAAUAAAAGGAAUAGAGGCAGGGACGCCGCCGGCCUCCACAAGCCGACCACUACGCAUCCCACCGAAAUCUUGCUAUGUGUUUUCGCAGGUGGAGCCUUGGCACCCGCGGCAGCCGCCUUUGCUGCGGCCUUAGCUUCGGCAGCGGCCAGACCGGCACCAGCAUCCCUGAUGACCCCAUAGCCCAGCAACGGAUCUAUGGUCCGGAUAAUCUAGGUAAUUGGGACGACGAACUAGCGGCGGACCAAGAUCUGGAAGGGGGAUGAAAAAGGAGCUCAUUGCCAAGAUCCAGCGCUACUACGACCGGGUGAAGAUCAUCGACGAAGGCUUCUGCUUCGGCCUACUAGAUCCGGUCUCCAACAUCGUCGUUAGCGAAGCAAUCGCCCAAACCGACCUGGCCCUAGCGGUGGAGGAGAAAGAGGAGGACUACUCGCGUGGUCAUCGGAGGCCGAUGCUACGGUGCAUUUUCGAGCGGUCGGUCGACGGCCUGGUCGCCUUCCUGGUGGCCCUCUUCCCCUACCUCACCAACUACAGGGCCGUGUGGUAUCUCAACAAGGCCGAUCUGGACCCCCUCGUGGCUGCCGGGCUCGUCAUCCAGCACCGCGGGAUGGAGCGGACCUUCGGUUUCCAGUCUGACACGACCGCGGCCGCCGUCGGAAUGGCGCUCAGGUGUGCCGCCUCCGCCGCCCAGCACCACGACCCGCGGAAGUUUGCUCUGGCGUGGAAGAUACUGUCCCCUUCAAUCUGCAAGAUCAACACACUGCUUUCAUCCCCCUACGCAGCCCGAGACCCCGCUCUGAUCAUCGACAUCUGGGAACUACUUGAGCGACCUGAACCACCUGCUCUUGCCCUGGAGGAAGCCUGGGAGCUUGCCUCUAAACGACAUGGAAGCAACCUGAAUAAUAAUGCAGAGAUGGAGCUGCAGGUACCGCUGCUGCCGACUUUGAGGCGUGUGCUUCUCGCCACCAUCCAUGGAUACUAUCUGGAGGCUCUUGCCUGGCUGCCCAAGGACAAACUGCGGGGCUCGCACCAGUACCUUUACAGCUUGCUCCAUGCCGGCCACUGCUACGGGCCGCUGGACCCCGUCUCCAACAUCAUCGUGAAUACCCUCUGGUAUGCCCAGGCCUACCCUCUAACGCUAGAGAAAAAGAUCGAGAUCGAGGCCAUGAGCACCAGAGCCCUGCUGCGGAUCGCACUCCGAUCCCUAUAUGGCCUCAUCUCCUUCCUCUGCACACGCCACCCCACCCUCACGCCGGGCGAAGCCAUGCAACGACUGCAGCUGGCCGGGGCCUAUCUCCAAAAUGCCGAUGAUUGCGAUGGUGGUGUGGAAGAAGCCGAAGCCUACGCGGCUGCUGCCAAUGCCGCACGCCACCCCAAACCUCUUGAACAGGCCCACUUCCUCGGACCAUCUAAUUCCAUACUCAAAGGCUUCUCGGAUCUCCUCGAGCACAACGAACCUGCCAACGUCCGCCCAUUGUUUCCGGGCUACUUCCAAGCUCUUGCCAACUGCAAACCUGCACAAGAAGCAAAAAACACCAACGUGUUAGGCCCCUGGACUUACAAUGAUGUAAUGAGAACGAUAGGCAACUUCUGGAACGAGCACAAUAGCGCCGUGGGAAUGGCGAAAUCUGCGAUCGAGAUGCACAACAAGAAACAACACCAGGUACAACCCAGCUACGAGGUUCAUGUCGUCUGCGGUGUCAAUGAUUAUGCGGGUGGCCGUGCGAACCCAACGAAGCCCUUCGAUGGCACGUGCCUUUGCUCCCACAUCAACUUCCUCGCCACCCAGACCGCAACAGGCACAUCUCCAGAGCUCUUCUUUGCCGAGUGUAGCAACGUCGGCUCUAAGGAGGUGCUGUUGUGCUGUCCUGUGGCUAUGCAACUUCCAGGCACUGAGCAAGUCCGUUGCCUUUACUGUGAGUCCAGAGGGAGGACCAUCGUGCACCCGACCAAGGAGAGUUUCCUGGGGCGUGAAAGAGAGUUUGAGAAGAUGUUCCGCGGCGAAGGAAAGCGCGCCAACAAUGAAAUGAUCUCUGAGAGCUAUUACAUAACCUUGCGUUUGGAUAAUCUGGAGGAGGACCGGAUCUACGGCGAUUACAGCUGCGACCCUGGACUCCAAGAGGAGGUGCCAUUCGAUGACAUAAAUUAA